AUGGAUUCCAAACCGGCUGGAAAUCUGAAACCAAAAGACAUUAGAGAGAUGAAAGGAAAUCACCAAGUCCCAGGACUCAAGAAAAAGUAUCCACUCUCUGCCUGGAAAGGACAACUGAUCCCGCUUUUCAAAAUGAAGGACUUGGUACUGAUCCUGUGCCUCCUGGAAAUGGGUUCUGCGGUGCCGGCGUUUCCUCGGCAGCCUGGGAUACCAGGCAUGGCUAGUUUGAGCCUUGAGACAAUGAGACAGUUGGGAAGUUUGCAGGGAUUAAACAUGCUCUCUCAGUAUUCAAGAUUCGGCUAUGGGAAAUCAUUUAAUUCUUUGUGGAUGAAUGGUCUCCUGCCGCCACCUUCCUCUUUCCCAUGGAUGAGACCAAGAGAACAUGAAACUCAACAGUAUGAAUAUUCUUUGCCUGUGCAUCCCCCACCUCUCCCAUCGCAGCCAUCCCUGCAGCCUCAACAGCCAGGACAGAAAGCUUUCCUCCAGCCCACCAUUGUAACCUCAGGGAUCCAGGACACCAUCCAGAAGGGAGGACAUCAGCCUCCGGUUUACCAGAGACAGCCGCCCUUGCAGCAGUCAGAGGGGCCAAUGGUUCAACAGCAGGUGGCACCAUCAGAUAAGCCACCAAAGGCCGAGCUAAAAGAAAUGGAUCUUCCUGGUCCACAGGGUCCACAACUAACAGAAAUGGAUUUUCCUGGUCCACAAGGUCCACAACUGACAGAAAUGGAUUUUCCUGGUCCACAGGGUCCACAACUAACAGAAAUGGAUUUUCCUGGUCCACAAGGUCCACAAGUAACAGAAAUGGAUUUUCCUGGUCCACAGGAUCCACAACUAAGAGAAAUGGAUUUUCCUGGUCCACAGGAUCCACAACUGACAGAAAUGGAUUUUCCUGGUCCACAAGGUCCACAAAUGUUCCCAAUAGCCCGUUUGAUAGCUCGGGGACCAAUGCCACCAAAUAAACAAGCUCCACUUUAUCCAGGAUUAUUUUACCUGACCUAUGGAGCAAAUCAACUGAACACUCCUGGCAGACUUGGCAUCAUGAGCUCAGAGGAAAUGGCAGGAGGCAGAGGAGGCCCCAUGGCCUAUGGAGCCAUGUUCCCAGGAUUUGGAGGCAUGAGGUCCAGCCUUAGAGGGAUGCCCCCCAAUCCAGCCAUGGGCGGGGACUUUACUCUGGAAUUUGACUCUCCAGUCGCUGCAACCAAAGGCCCUGAGAAAGGAGAAGGAGGUCCACAAGGCUCCCCCGCGAAGGAGGCUGACGAGGCCAAUCCGGAAAACCAGGCUCUCCUUUCAGAGAUUGCAUCUGGUCCCCUCGGAGGGCUUCUUGCUCUUCCCAAAGGCAGUGUUCCCAACCUGGCAAGGGGCCCUGCCGGGCAGAGCAGGGGACCCCCCAGGGUCACCCCAGCAGCUGCUGACCCACUAAUGACACCUGGACUAGCUGAGGCUUACGAGACCUACGGUGCUGAUGUGACCACACCGCUGGAUUUCGAGGAAGAAACGACCACAGAUACCACAGUGACCCCAGAGAGUCCUCAGACAUCGAUGCCAGGAAACGAGGCAGAGCAGCCCCAGAUGGUGCAUGAUGCGUGGCGUUUCCAAGAGCCCUGAGAGCCUUGCAGUAUCAGCUACUUUCUGUGUGCACAA